GCAGAAUAGGGCAUUAAUCUAGAAUUUCUUUAUAGCAUUUGGACACACAAGUGACUUGGUGCGCAUUUAAAACCUCGUGGCUUUCGUUGAUGGAGCGGAGCGCUGUUCAGUGGUGUCUAUUGCCUUCGAGACUGAAUUGGGUGUGAACUUAUUAAUUGUGUGAGAGGCGCGCGGAGGAAGACCCCUGGCCAACUGCCUUCAUCCUGCGCGUAAUAUGGGAAAUUGUACCGAUGAUUGAGCUCGUUAUUGGAGUUAAUGAUCUGGGGAAUUUCUUUGCGGUCGUGCCGGGUUAUUUUUGGUCGUUAAAUUGACAUAUAUGGUUCGAGAUGUUUAGGACUCGGCUCGCCUGCACUUAAAGAGUCUCCUGGGAUCCUCCUCUGUGUUAAUCCCUCACCAUCUCCAAACCGUCCUCUCGUCCGUCAACACAAGGGCCACUCCGUGCAGGAACGAUUCUCCAAGAGCUGGAAAAGCGAGAGUGUAUUUUGUCCAUGACCGCCACAUUUUGAUCCCGGCGUCUCGCAUGCAUUUGGCUCUCAAUUUCGAGAGUUGAACAACCGCUUGAGCGUGAUGAUUUUUUUCGGUGGACAUCUCUCCUUGGUGAGCAGCAGAGUAUUCCAGUGAUUUACGAAUAAAGAAAAAAAAGGAAAACGAGACUGGGAAAUCAAAUAAGAUUCUUAAAAUUGUGCCGUUCAAGGGCUUUUAGCCACAAUCAUGGAAACAGUGCCCAGCUACAUCCCAUCGAUAUGGGUACGGGUCUGCCAUGCCCUGCCCCGCCUGGACCUCACCAUGCAGAUGCGCGACAACAUCUUUACACCAGAGAGUUGGGAGUACCAGCAGACGCUGCUUGUGCUAUCCAGUCUCUCUGCCAUUGCGCUCAUCCUCUCUCUCCUCGUGGUCCUCUCCUUCCUCAUCCACUACUGCUGCUGUCACCGCGGCGACUCGGGCAAUGCCUCUGAUGAGGAGGAGGAAGACGACGAUGCCAGCGGUGGUCACGGUUACAGUGGAAGGAAGGGAAGGGGCAUCUGUUGUGUUACAUGGGUCUCUGUGGCAGCAGUCACCCUUUGCUGUGUUGCCAUAGGCGUUGGUUUCUAUGGCAACAGCGAGGCCAACGAUGGGAUGUAUCAGUUGACCUCGUCGCUGCUCACAGCCAAUUACACGCUGGCUUCCAUCGAUCUGCUGGUGUCUGACAUGGUCACUGGGCUGCAGCAGUCCGUGUCCGGGCCCCUGACCUCCAUGGAGGACCUGUUCUCGGGCAGCAAGCCGGCCUUGGUGUCCACGCGCUCCUGCCGCCGCCUCUCCGAGCGGGUGGUGUCCCUGCUCUCCUCCCUCAGCCUGGGCCGUGCCCUGGUGCCCACCGAUGGGGGCACGGGCAACGGCAGCGACACCAUCAUCGGGGCCCUGACGCCAGCCCCACCCUCCAUCGUCCCCACCCUGACUCCUGCCGGAGGUUCACCACAGGGUCCCUUCGCCCCCGGCUGGGCUGCCACCACCCUCAUGGUGAACGAGGACUACAGGUGGCUGUCGUAUGUGCUGCUGUUGCUGCUGGACCUGGUGGUGUGUCUAUUCAUCCUGCUGGGUUUGGCCAAACAGGCCCGCUGGCUACUCAUACUGAUGACGGUGCUGGCCUGGUUGGCGCUCUUCCUGAGCUGGGGUUCGCUGGGCUUGGAGACAGCCACUGUCGUGGCUCUGAGCGAUUUUUGCACUGACCCAAACACAUUUGUCCUCAACUCAACUAAUUUCAAUACUGGAACAAGCACAGACAUUUUGGAUUAUUACCUCACGUGCAGCAGGAGAAGUAGCAGCCCCUUCCAGCAGCUGCUGACCCAGUCCCAGAGGGCGCUGUCCAGCAUCCACUCCCAUCUCUCCACCCUGGAGAGAGACGCGCUCCCUCGCUUCCCCAAGGCAGAGAAAUCGCUCAGGGAAGUGCAGCAGAUUCUCAACUCUACCGAGGGCAACUUCCACCAGCUAGUGGCACUACUCAACUGCCGUGGGCUCAACAAGGACUACAUAGACUCUCUGAAGGGCCUGUGCUAUGACGGGAUGGAGGGCCUCCUCUACCUGUCUCUCUACUCCUUCCUCUCCGCCCUGGCCUUCACCGCUAUCCUGUGCUCACUCCCUGGCGCCUGGAGAAGCUUCGCCGGUGACUCAGAAGAUUACGAAGACUCCGACAGCGAGAGUGAGGACCCCUUCACUUCCCAUCAGGCACGUAGACAGACGGCCAUGGGCUCUCAGCAGCGUGGGGCCUUGCCCCCCUUCUAUAGUUACCAAGGGGCCGGCUGGACACCCCCAUUUUCUAGUGCGCCACCCCUCCCGACUCCAAACGCUUCCUCCAAUGGCAACCCUGGCUAUGAGAGCCUACCCUUGAUUGACAGGCAGUCCCCACCCCCCUCUUACUCUCCCAGCAUGCUGACUGGCUAUGGGGGUAGUCAAUCAAACCCCAACCCUGCCCAUUCGAGGAAUCUGUAUUCACGCUAAUUAUUUUUUAUGUAUAGAAUUAAAAAAAGAAAAAGAAUCUAUAUAUAUAGAAAAAGUUUUAGUUUUCAUAUGGGUGGACACUUUACUGAGAUGAAAAGACUAAUAAAAAAAAAUGUGAAUGCAACACAUGGAAUCAAGGGUGUAACGUCAGUACCAUGAAGAAUUAGAAGCACUUAAAACUCAACAGCUUGAACACACUGACAGAUAGAAACAUUUAGUAUGGUUGGGAGGUUGAUCCUCACUGAAAUUAACCCCUUCAAGAAACCCUUCUUCAGUCUGUCUAUAGUGUUAUUGUUUAUGGUUACAUUGAAAGCCUGAAUGGUAUUGACGUUACGGUAGUUAUAUAUUUUUUACAUGUAUCACCACUUUUAUUUUGGAGCUUUUUUUAUAUUGUUGUAAUGUAGUCAAGACACAUAGCAACGAUGGCACAAUUCCAGUGUAUGAUUAUGCAGUGUUCCUCACUUGGUAUUGAAACUUUUUUUUAAUUAUUGUUUACUGUACUUUUUUUUAUAGGUGGCAACUCUGUAUUACCUUGUAUACCUUUCUGAUACUCUAUAACCUAUAUUCACUGUAAAUUAUGUUUGGAUAUUUGAUGCACUUUUUUUCCUCAUUAUGAAAAUAUUCAUGCGAGGGCUACAAUGACCAUCGUCUCUGGUAGCUGACUGGACUACAUACCCCUUCUGGCACUGAGCAAUACAGCCUCUAUCUCACUGACAAUGACACAGUGGUUACAAAGUAAGCAGCAAUAAUACGGACAUUCAAUGAAAUAGUGUUGUCUGCGUGUGUCAGGGGUCUGUGGGAUGUUCUAUGUGUGUAUAUAUCUAUACACAUGUGCAUAUAAAUAUGAAUAUAUAAAUAUAUAUAUAUAUAUAGUAUGGUGGACAUAUUGCAUUGAUCUCCCAUCCCUUAUCAACCAACCCCGAGUUUCUUCAUGCUGUUUCUCAAUAUUGACUUUCUAUGGUAUUAAUGCUCCUUUUGAAUGGCAUCCUUUUUUCACUACAGAGUCUAAUACAAGUAAAAAAAAUAAAAUGUAUAACAUGACUUGCAUGUGUGAUUACAAUGAUUUCUGCAGGUUACA